AUGCUCCCUCCGCAUUUCAAGCUAAACUCUGCCCUCACGUGCCGCCUAGUCGGUGGACUGACCAGAGAGCAGAGAGCCGUCUGCCACGACGAACCCGACGCGGCGGCGAUUGCGUUCGAGGGCCUCCAGAUGGCGGUCAAGGAAUGCCAACACCAGUUCCGCUGGCAUCGUUGGAACUGCUCCAGUCUCUUGGCGAAGAGCACGAACCCUCACUCCAGUGCUAUUAUGAAACGUGGUAAGAUAUUUUACUUAUCUGAUAUACUAUCCGAUACUGACAAAUCG